AUGAGCUCUGGGUCGUUCUUGGGCUGCUUCGUUGAAUCCAACCAGGAAGUGACGGUUUCGUUGAGACUUGGCUCACCAGCUGGUCACGACAAUGACCUUCUUAAGUGCAAUGUCGACGAUAUCACAGUCUGCCGGCGCCCGUUAACAGCCGAGUUUGUCAAGCAGGAGCUUGCCGGUCACGAGCCGGGAAGAUUCAUGAGCCGCACAACGACAUACACGAAGUCAUCUGAUUAUAUCAAUGCGCUGCUUAUGAUAUCGGACAAUCAGAUAUCGAAAGCCGACGCCCUUGGUCUAGACAGCCGAUCGGUGUGGUUCGAACUCUACGCAAGAGCUCAGUUUGGGCGAAUUCGCACCGCCAUUCAUGACAGUGAAGAACCAAUGUUUUGCUUGGUACAUGGGGAUUCCAUGAUGCACCCAUCGAACUUCCUCUUUGAUGGCUACUUCAACCUGGUCGGUAUGAUUGACUGGGGAAAGAGCCGUGUGGUGCCGCGGCAAUUUUUAUGUGCACCAGCGUGGUUGUUUGCAACCUUCGACGCUAUGGUGCAAAACAUGGAUAAAUUCAACACCCUAACAAAGCCCUUCGCAGAGCUGCACGCGCCGCAUUUCACUCCCAAAAGCACAACCUCGCUUUGGCUAGAUGGCAAACAAGAAGCGAAUUACGCUCUGGAUGCAGCGGUUACGAUGGCACUGGUCGAACCAUGUCUAAUGUAUGAUCUAUAUUGGACGACGAUGGCCUCUCCUGCAGCUUGGAAAAGUACCUAUGACUCAUAUACAGCAUUCUUUUAUAAUGUUCUAGAGCCGGCGGUGUUGAGGUUCAUGCAGCAGUACGCGGAUGAGGAUACGGUGACAGACAUGGCUAUGCGACAGGUAAAUUAUUGGAUUACGGAGGACCCCCAAAAGAAGCGGGCAUUUAAAGACCCCGAGCUGGAUAUUUUCUUGGUCCAAGCGCAGAACAUAUCAAGCAAGGCUUUGUCUUGAACGCUUCAAGGCGUUGGCUCGGAAAUUCACCGGCUCGCUUUCUUGAUUACACUAUCAUAAACGUCGUUCCCACCCAAAAGAAACAUGAAUCAAAUGCAUUUAAUAGGUAUAUAUUCCACUGUUUAACUUGAAAGAAAAAAGAAAUAACAAUUGGAAUAUUUAUGGUGGCGAUAUGUUCGAAUAUGAGAGGGCGUAGCAAGCAGAUCACAAGCUCGCACUGCUGGCUGCCGUCUGGUAGCCAGCUCAACUCUGUGUCAGCCCACUGUCCAAAGAUACAUGAUCUACCAGUGAAAGUGCCUGGCCAUAUUCACCCCAACGACAUCCGCGACGACUCGUCGGGGUAGUUCAUGGUCACAUCUACCAGCAAUCACCAGCGUCCCGUUCUCAAGGUCAUCGCGCAAGACAGUGGCAGGUUCCGUUAAUUUUCGGCGCUAAAAUACCUCAACUGUAUUAUUGAGCACUGAAAGUCAUGAGAUCGCGCCCAGAUGAGCAGCUGUGGGGUUACAGCCAGCUAGCGUUGAACUCUAAUUACGCGGAGGAUGAACCAUUGGUCAACGGCCAUGGAAGCGUGGCCACGGCGCUUACACGAUGGUGGCGUCGCCUGCUAGUGUGUCCUACUAUGUAUGGGCGUUACGCUCACAGCGAAUGGGUUGCCCUAUCCAAUCAUUCUAAAACUAGGCUAUGGGGCCUUGCUUCAAAGGUGUAAACGGAAAACACAGGUUCAAAGUUGCCCAGUUUAAGGAGAAGCAGCGCUGUAGGGCGGCCAAAAAAGGUAUAUAAAGACUCACCAACCACUUUGUAUAUCGGAGACAAUACUAGCGAAAUCCUAUAUCAAGCACCUACCAUACUUUAAUUUACAAAUCAAUUCUACAGUAUGGCUGCUACUAUCGAAAC